AUGCGCUUCCCGAAUGACAUUGUUCUACUUGUCGCUUGGAUCUAUGCAACAACGAAAGUAUGGUGGCGUCCUCCGUCAACGCCACCUUAUCUUACAUUCCUCUUCUACAUUAUGACUUUCCUGUCCUCGUCUAUCAACACUGUCGGCAUGUUGGAAACAGGAAACUACCAGCUUGAAAUCUUCAUACUGUCGAUCGUAGACAGUAUUGUUUCACUAUCGCUUAUAUACUUAGUCGGAACUUUCCCAGUAAAAGAUUACUUACCGGGUCCGUCUGUAGCCAUAGUGCAUGAGACACCGUCCAAUGCAGAAACAGUACCCGAAGACAAUGUCACUUUGUGGCAAUGGUGUACAUUCUCCUUCGUGGAACCUAUCUUCCGUGUCGCGCAAAAAGGAAGGCUGGAACCGAUAGACGUAUGGACGAUAUCGCCAUUUUAUAAACACAAAAAUAUUUUCUUAAAAUAUUUGGAGUACUGCGGUCGUCAUCCAACACACUCCCUUCUUCGUUUCCUGAUUGCAUCUAACUCUCUUGAUAUCAUCCUGGAUGUCGUUCUUGAGCUUUGGAGCGCUGUUGCAGUUUUCGGUUGCGUGUAUUCCCUUCAACGGAUCCUUUCUGCCUUAGAAUCGACACCAAGGGCUUUGCCAGAGGCGUAUUUUUUUGCUUUCGUCACAUUUGUCCUUCAUCUAUCCUUUGCCCAAGUCGAUCUCUUCCAGAUAUGGCACUCCAAACGCUCAUACCAACGAACGCGAGGUCAGCUUUUCUGUAUAAUACACUACAAAGCCUUGAAAAGACGUGACCUUAUUGGCGCGGCUGGGUCGUCGAAGGAAGAAAGCAUAACCAGUAUCAAUGGUGCUGAUUUGGGGAAAAUCGUGAACCUUAUGCAAGGAGAUGGUUAUACUUUGGCGGAACGAUUUUGGCAUCCAUCGACAGUAUUUGCUGCAACUGUUCGUUUAAUUCUUUCACUGGUAUUCCUAUAUCGAGUGAUAGGUGUUAGUGCAUUUGCCGGAGUUGUCGUCGUCCUCGUGGCAUAUGCUUUGAAUUGGCCACUUGCAAAGGCCAAUGUUUACAUUACGCGGAAAAGCUGGAAGGCUAGAGAUGUUCGCAUGAGUGGUGUUAAUGAACUCUUCCAGAACGUCAGGUUUCUCAAACUCUACGGUUGGACGGGUCCAUGGACUGAUCGUGUGCUCGGUAAGCGAGAAACGGAACUUAAAUGGCGUGUCAAAGAGAACAUAUGUGCUGUCCUCAUAUCUUUCGUCUGGAUAUGGGUCCCGUCGGCCAUGGCUCUGUUCUCGUUCCUAUUCUACACGGUAGUUGCUGGUGGCCGCCUAACUGUAUCUAAGACUUUCACGUCUUUGGCGCUAUUUUCGUUCCUACGAGGACCUAUGCUACAGCUGCCAGAUGAGAUGAUGCGGUAUCUUCACGCUUAUGUAUCCUAUCAGAGAAUAUGUACUUUUCUCAAGGAAGGAGAGGUAUCAGAUUGGGCUUCUACUCUAACGCAUAUACCUGGUCCUAGGGACAAAGAACUUGACCGAAUUGGAUUCAACGAUGCGUAUUUUGUAUGGUAUGAAGUGCCUGGAGAGCCAGAUUCACGAGAGCGAUUUAAAUUAGGACCUUUGACCAUGGAUUUGCCUUUGGAAAAGCUAACCCUGGUCACCGGCAGUACCGCGUCGGGGAAGUCGGCCUUGCUUAAUGCACUACUUGGAGAACUUUAUUGCACGAGCGGUGAAGUACAUAUUAAGAAAAGCGGUCACCUACUUGCGUACUGCGCACAGAAUCCAUGGCUGGAACACGCUACUAUCCGUGACAAUAUUAUUUUCCAUUCCGAUCGAGGAUUUGACGAAGAGAGAUACCACACUGUUGUCGAAGCAUGUGCCCUGCCUCGGGAUCUUAGUAUGUUCGAAGCUGGGGACCUUACUGAAAUUGGCGAAAAGGGGGUGACCUUGUCGGGUGGACAGCGUGCGCGUGUUGCUUUAGCUCGUGCAUUGUAUUCGGAUGCCAAGUGUCUCCUUCUCGAUGAUCCUUUGGCCGCGGUCGAUAUGCACACUGCCAGACACAUCGUUGAGUUCUGCUUCAAAGGCGAUAUUGUGAAAGGAAGGACCGUGAUUCUCGCGACACAUCAUAUCUCUAUGUGCUUACCAGUAGCAUCAUAUAUUGUCGAGCUCUCUAGCGGUAAAGUUAUCAGGCAAGGAACAGUGACGGAGUUACAAGCCUCCGGACAGUUGAAGACAGUAUUGGACACAGAGGAUGGCACGACUGCUGCCGAGGAUGAAUUUUCAGAUAGGACAACCAAGAAGCCGGAAAAUGAAGUGCAUGAAAUGGGUGUUAUGGAAUCCGAUAAUCAUCAUUGGAGUCAAAAAUCGCCGAUGAAGGGCAAGCUUGUUGAAGCAGAAUAUCGUGCGGAAGGACGGGUGUCGCUAACAACGUACAUAAGUUAUGUUCGAGCAGCCGGUUGGUUCUCAUGGACAUUGACGCUUGGUUUGAUGGUAUUAAUUCGGUUGAUUCAAGUCGCAAACGAUCUAUUCCUUGCCAACUGGUCAGAAGCUUUUGAGAAUAUGCCGUCAGAGCGUAUUCGAUUCAAGGUUCAAAUUGCAUUUGACAUAUUUGUAACGGCAAAGCCACCAUAUCCCCUUGAUCGGCUUCCUUCACCGAAUGAUGACACGAAACCAUGGCUAUUCGUUUACUUACUGAUUUCAGCAGCCUUUGCUAUUGUCACGUUGGCAUAUAUCUCUUUGGGCUACUACGUUAGUUUGCAAGCGUCAAGGAAACUUUUCACGGGAAUGCUGACGCGUCUAUCCCGAGCACCCGCUCGAUUUUUCGACGUAACACCUUUAGGCCGAGUACUAAACAGGUUUUCAAAAGACAUAAAUACUGUGGAUUCGGUUUUGCAGCAGUCGGCACGCUCGGCCAUAACGGGAGUGCUUGAAUUCUUAGCAUCUUUCCUAUUCAUUGUCACUAUCAUUCCCAAGUUUGCUCCGUUUGCUGUCUUCAUCGCUUGGUUGUACAUUCGAAUCGCACCUCCUUAUAUCCGAGCAGCCAGAGACCUCCGCCGCUUGGAAUCGGUUUCGAUGUCACCGGCAUUCUCAGGAUUUGAUGAACUACUGAGGGGGGUUACACAUGUGCGGGCGUUUGGGAUGGAGCACAAAUAUCAUGAGAACUUUUAUAAAAAGGUUGACCUCUUCCAAGGAUUCGAUCACGUUUAUUGGCUGGCUGCUGAUUGGCUCACAUGGCGUUAUGAUUGUCUCGGAUCUGUAGUUGUUUUCCUAACGACUGCGUUUGCGAUAUGGAGUGGCGCAUCCAACGGAUUUACUGCAAUCGUUAUUGUGCAGGCUGGUGUAUUCGCAGGGGCAUCGAGACAACUCGUCAGGGUUCUGGCUCAAUUGGAGCUUGAUUUCAAUUCGGUUGAGCGUGUAGGCGAAUACACGGAAGCACCCCAAGAGGCACCUGCCAUAGUGCAUGAAAAGCGUCCACCAGCAUAUUGGCCGUCGUCCAAUGGAAGCCUCGUCGUCGAAGACCUCGUCGUUCGUUAUGCACCAGACCUUCCUGCUGUACUUAACAACCUCAAUUUUAUGGUGCAUCCAGGCGAAAAGAUCGGCGUCGUCGGCAGGACAGGUUCAGGUAAAUCGACUUUGGCAUUGAGCCUUUUACGAGUGGUGGAGCCCUGCAGUGGGAGAAUAAUGCUUGACGGAAUUGACAUCACUUCCAUCGGGUUGGAAGACCUGCGCACGAAAAUUACAACAGUCAGCCAAGAUGUUGCGCUGUUCACAGGCAGUAUCCGAAGCAACCUGGAUCCAUUUGGUGAACAUUCUGACCUUGAAUGCAUGGAUGCCCUGGAGCGAUGCCACAUCAGAAAACACGAUGGGGACUUGUGUGAACGGGAUAUCGCAUUUCUUGACACAAUGAUUGGUCCAACUGGGUCACUGAGCGCUGGAGAGAGGCAGCUUAUUGCACUUGCAAGAGCAAUUUUACGACGUUCACAGGUGAUAAUCAUGGACGAGGCAACAUCACAGAUUGAUACGCGUCUCGACGACCAGAUUCAAAAGACCGUUAGGGAAGAACUGUCAAGCGCCAUGGUUAUCACCAUUGCUCACCGCCUUAAAACGAUCAUCGAUUAUGAUCGUAUUUUAGUGCUUGGGGAAGGUGGCCACAUUUUGGAGUUUGACUCACCUCGUAAUCUAUUUAAGAAGCCGGGUAGCGUCUUCAAAGAGUUGUGUAAGCGAAGCGCAGAUUGGGAUGAAUUGAAGAACACGGUUGAGGGUUCUGCGUCGGGUUAG